CUCUUUCUCCCAAAACUACUUCUCCACAAGCGUCCAAACAAAGAGAAUUUGAUGGAAAGGGAGAUUUGCUCUUUGCAAGAUUCAUUCUCGUUGUUUCUUCCUUCCGUAAAUUAAACCAGUCCCGCCAUGAACAAGCCAGUAAGGUCUCACGGCGAAUCAACACCCAUCCCUCUCGUCGCCACAACGGGCAGGUCGGGUUUCGGGUUCCUGCGACGCGAUGAUGGUUCUUCCUCAAGAUCGGCUUCCCGGAAAACGGCGUUGUAAUCCGGUUGCUCCUGCGUGUGCCGCAUCUGAUCUAGCAGUUGGUCUUGAUCUUGGUCAGAUGGCUGAAGAUGAAUCAAGAACUAACAGUAUCGAUGGGGAGGCCUCGUCAAGCUCAAAGGAUGUUGGAGAUCAGGCAGAGAAGGAUGAGGCGUGGCUACAACUAAGCAUAUGUAGCCAUACUAGAGCGAACAACAGCGACGGAAAGUGUGAUCGGAUUGAGCCAACGGGUCAAGGAAUUAGCCGCGGAGUAUCGGUUGAGCUCGAUCUAUUACCGAGCGGAUGUUCAUGGCACUCGACACCGCCCCCAACCCCAAUCUUCGACGUGCCUAAUCUUAGAGCUUCUAGGCCAAUUACCAAUUUUGCUAGCGGUAGAAGUACUAAUCAUAGCUUAUCGUAUCUCUUUCAACACCCUACAGGUAGUUCAACUUUUCCCACUCAUGGGUUCGAUUGGCCCAAUUUCUCGUUGUCGUCGUCGGUGCAGUGUUCUUCGCCAUCUUCUUCUCUAAUGCCGCCGCGGCCGAACCUUCCCCCUCCCUUUCAACUUCAACUACAAGUAGAUGGAGCAUCAGGGUCAAGCAUGGAUUUUAGGGUCAUCGACGCUCCGAAGAGACCUUACCCUGGAGUUUGGUUCGUGUUACGAGCAUCGCAGAAUCAAGAUAAAGAACCAUUCUUGCCCCAAAUACCCAAGAUUUACCUCAGAGUCAAGGACGGAAGGAUGACGGUCCUACUUGUGAUGAAGUACUUGGUUAAGAAGUUGAGACUGGAUAGCGAAUCAGAGCAGAUUGAGAUAACAUGCAGAGGCCAAAAGCUGCUGCCUUUCUUAACGUUGCAGCAAGUGAGAGAUAACAUCUGGAGUCCAAAUGAGGUGGUGACUUUGCUUCGUGAGUCCGCAACGACGUCGGAUCACAUCAUGGUACUUCACUACGGUAGGGUCGCCUGAGAAAUUUGUAUCUUAGUACUUCACAAAUCGCGACACUGUAUUUAUUCUCAAGCAAUGCUAUCUAAUUUAUUAACUGGACCCUAUUUUUUUUAUAUUAGGGUUAUUUAGUUUCCUGAUCAUACAUAUACUUUCUUCUGUGAUACUAUUGGUGUUUGCUUUUCAUUUUCAGGUUAUGUGUAAAGGAAUUAGCUAGGUAUUUUCAUAUGCUUUUUGAA